AUGGGAUAUAUUUCCAUUGGGGAGUCUGUGCUGAACAAAUUUCCAACAAUCUUUCCUUACGAGCCUUGGAGGCAUGUAGGGAAAAGGAGAGACCACAGCCUAUCUUCUCAACAGACGUGGAAAGGAGUCAAGGCCCUGAUCCACAUGCGGAAUGAGAGGUUGAAGUCCACUCUCGAGACGAAACACCUGUCCAUUCCCAUCAGACUCACCUACUACGUCGACUUCUUCCUCAAAAACUUCCCACGCCUUGUGGACCAUUGGGAGAAGGGGAGGGAACUCAAGCCGACCAUUGUACUCAUAGAUGGCGGCCUUCAUCACAUAGCAAAACGUGCAGACAGGAAAGGUAACCUGUAUGAGAAAACACUUCAGAAAUUGGUGCCAUAUUUCACCCGUCUUGCCUCCAGUGUCCCGGUCUAUUACAAACUCAUUGAUGAUACGCAGGCAACCCGCCAAAGAAAAUUCAAGUACAGCGAGGAAACCAUCAACCUGGUCAACCGAAGGGCCGUUGAGCAACUACAGGGAACCGGUGUGAUUGUCUGGGACAGCACGGUGCCUUUGUCUGUCCAGUACACCGACGCCUGUCUGCAGCACCACAAGAGGACCCCUCCUAUGUUCAAGUGGAAAUGCGAUGAUAUUGGCCAUCUUGGGUAUAUUUUCGUGGAUCAGGUCGCAGAUAUGCUGUACAAUGCUGUCUGUAACAAGUACUUGGACCUUGACGAGGAUUACUGUGGAUACAGCACAGAUCUGGAACAGAUACAUAGCGGAAGAGAAAGGUGAUUAGAAAGCGGUGUGCAGUUCUUAAUUCAUAUAUACUGUAUCUAUCUAUCUAUCUAUAUAUGUAUGUGUGUGUGUGCGUGUGUUAUAUGUAUAUAUAUACACAUAUAUAUGUACAUAUAUACAUAUACAUGUAUACACACACAUAAACACAAACACAAACACACAUACACACACAUACACGCGCACAUAAACACAUAAAACAAGGUGAUUAGGCUGAUACCACAGCUGUGUGCAGUUCUUGAUGUAUAUGUACUGUUUAUAUAUAUGCGUGUGUGUUUGUUAUAUGUAUAUACACACACAUAUAUAUACAUACAUAUGUACACACACACAUAAACACAAAUACACACACACACACACACACACACAAACACAAACACACACACGCACUCACACACUCACAUAUAACAAAAAGAGAAUGAAUGGACAAGAUGUGCAGAGAAACAAGAAUUAAGUAAAAUAGAUAAAGGAACGUACGACAGAAUAGCAAGAAUGGCAAUAAAGAAGAAACGAAUAUCGAAACAAGGAAUAAAACACGCAGUGAGUAAUUUUGAGCCGAAUGAAGGGAAAGAUAAGGGGUAUCAGUAGAACAAUUCGGCUUUUUGAUGGGAAAAGGCACAAGCAAUAUAAUUUUUCUAUUAUGGCAUUAGCAGAAAGAAUGAUAGAUAAAACAAACAGUAUUAAUUUUAAAGUGGAAGAUUUAAGACUGAUAAAGAGCUUACAUUGGAAACAGACGGCUACAGUUAGGAUAGAGAUAGAGGACACAGGGGGAAAUGUGUAUAGAGAAAGGGUCAGACAGGGUUGUGUGUUGCCUGACUUUUUCAUGUAUAGUGAAAUACUCCCUAGGGAAGUAGAGCACAGGCGGAGUCAAAAUUAGAGCCGAAACAUUAAGUAACAUAAGAUAUGCCGACGACAGAACAGAACGCGGGCUAGAGCAGCUGGUGAACGCCGCAGAUGAAGCCAGCAGUAGGAAGGGCCCAAAGCGAAAUGUAAAGAAAACGGGAACAAUGGUGGUCAGUAAAAAAGGUAACGCCUACGUCAAAUAUUUUUCUCAGUAACAACAGACUACAACGAGAAAAUAAAUUUAAACAUCUUAGCAGCACUAUAACAGGAUAGGAGACGUGGAAAUGAAGUCUCUAAGCGAAUAGGAAUGGCAAAAAAAGAAAAUUCCUGAAAAUGAGAUGGCUACUUUCCAACAUAUCAAGAAAAUUAUUUACCAAAACCUACAUAUGGUCGAUUCUCCUCUAUGGACCAUAUUAAACGAAAUAUAAAACAAACUUAAUGCUAUCAACAAACAUCAUAUAAACAGAUUAAGAGAGAUACCGUUCCAUAAUUGCUGACGUCGUGAAGGAUGCGACAAUGUAGUAACCAGAAAGGCUCGAUUUUAGUGUCGGACUUCGACACUUACACCAUUCACUGGUUACUUCACAUCUACUACGCUAUGCCGACGGAGCGGGCCGAGCGGUAAGCACUCUCCGGGGGCACGGUGGGUUUGGGAUAGAUAUUAUUCGUGAAAUUUACACGCAUCCUGUAGCAUUCAUCAUUAUUUUAACAUAUGUCGUACCCUUUUUGUUCCAUAAUGUUACUUUAAAUUUAUACAACGGGGUUUUACGACAUCCGCGAAGGUUCAAACUUAACACUCCCCGUGUGGAAAAUCGAAAGGAGGCUGGGCACAACUCCUUGCUUAAAAGAACAUCACUACGAAAAAGUAACGAACAAACACAUAAAAUUAAUAUUGAAUAAAAGAGCUUGGACUUAUACAUAAAUGAUACAAAUAUAGCAAAGCCGGCAUGUACUGCUGGUGCACACAUAACUUAUCUCGAAUCCUCCGUCCGUCACCGUAAAACACCGUCGUGCGAUCGUGACUCCCUUGUCUAUCUCCCAUACCUCUGCCAUCGUCUUAGAGGCGGGAACAAGCAGUUAUAUGAUUGGAGUUCUGGAGGCUUAUAAUAUGAUAAAGUAAAAAUAACUUACUAUGCACAGUUUUAGGGCAUUAAUUACAAGGUAUAAAUCAAGUAUAAAAACGAAACAAAGUAUAUACAUUCAUAUCAUUAGAAAUAAGAUAAAUCGUCGUUGUAACGUCCACGGGGGAGGGGGGGGGGGUCUACGGUGGUAGUCCCUGGUGGUGACAAGCGGAGAUUUCAGGCAUCCAGCCCUGCCACGAAUUGCUUGGGACCCCUCUUGAUGGUUUCGUUUUCUUAUGGUUCACUACAACACCGUAAUGCAUUAAUGAAUGAAACCGAUAUUUACCCGACGUUGCCAAGUCUGUGAGAAUUUACCGAAAUUAUAUUUAACCAAAAAAAUAUUGA